GAUCGGUCCAGGCCUCGGUACAGAGGACACACGCCAGAGCUAAAAAUAAAUAAACCCUGAUGUGUUUCGGAGCCUUGAGGGCGGCGACGCAUGAGUAUGACGUAGACAACAAAAAAACGCUGCCAUUAAAACAGAUUUGUCAUUUAUUUAACUGUCAGCGUAUCACAUUUACUUUUAUUGUUCACAUUUAGAGCCAUGUUAGCCCAUCAAAACCCCACAGCUCUAUCUCACCGAGUUUUAUUUAGGUAACCUUAGACAUGGUGCCAGAUCGCAAGCUAGCUGGUGCUCGUCCUGUUUAGCAGCGCAGGCUCAAAUUAGCUAACAUUAGAUUAGAGAUGGUCAAUAAAGUGUAUUUCCUGGAGGUGGGAGAAAACGUCUCUCUGGAUACAGCCUCCUCUGCCUCGACCUUUUCAUGGCCAAGAUUAAGAAGCCUCCUUGACUUGGAAUGGAGGGAUUGAAGAUCAGGGUCCAGAUUCAUGGGACAGGAGCUUUCUCAGGUUUCAGAUCUAAGAUAAAAGCACAACUUUCUUUCCCCGGCACCUUCACCUUGCUGCUGCCGCCUUCACCCCUCUGAAAGAGCUCCUGUGCUGCUGCCAUGCCAAAGAACACCAAGGUGACCCAGCGGGAGCACAGCAAUGAGCCUGUCACUGAGUCUGUGGCCGACCUGCUGUCCCUGGAGCACCCCAUGGACUAUAAGAGCAGUCAGAUGAGCAUGGGCCUAAGUCCCGGCUCGACUGCUCCUGUAAAGGCCCUGCUACCCUCCCCUGACCCAGAUGCUGAGGACGGUCGGCCGGCCUGGAACAACAAGCUCCAGUACAUCCUGGCCCAGGUUGGCUUCUCUGUGGGUCUGGGUAAUGUCUGGAGGUUUCCCUAUCUGUGCCAGAAGAACGGUGGAGGUGCCUACCUGGUUCCCUACUUUAUUCUCCUCCUGCUCAUCGGCAUCCCCUUGUUCUUCCUGGAGCUGGCGGUGGGUCAGAGGAUCAGGCGCGGCAGCAUCGGGGUGUGGAACUAUGUCUACCCCCAGCUGGGAGGCAUCGGAGUUUCCAGCCUGAUGGUUUGCGGUUUUGUGGGCCUUUAUUAUAACGUGAUUAUCGGCUGGAGCAUCUUCUAUUUCUUCCAGUCCUUCCAGUAUCCCCUGCCUUGGGCUGAAUGCCCCAUCCAGAUAAAUGGAACCCAAGCCAUUGUGGAGCCAGAGUGUGAGAAGAGCUCAGCCACCACUUACUUCUGGUACCGCCAGACUCUCAACAUAACCAGCUCCAUCGAUGACACCGGUGGCCUGAACUGGAAGAUGACCCUGUGCCUGCUGGUGGCCUGGAUCCUGGUCUGCCUGGCUGUCAUUAAGGGCAUCCAGUCCUCUGGGAAGGUGAUGUACUUCAGCUCUCUGUUCCCGUACGUGGUGCUCUUCUGUUUCCUGGUACGAGGUCUGAUGCUGAAAGGAGCAGUGGACGGCAUCGCUCACAUGUUCACCCCUAAGCUAGAAAAGAUGUUGGAGCCGCAGGUGUGGAGAGAAGCAGCCACACAGGUCUUCUUCGCCCUCGGUCUGGGCUUUGGAGGCGUCAUCGCUUUCUCCAGCUACAACAAGCGAGACAACAACUGCCACUUCGAUGCAGCGCUGGUCUCCAUCAUCAACUUUGUUACCUCCAUCCUGGCCACUUUAGUAGUGUUUGCUGUGCUGGGCUUCAAGGCGAACAUAAUGAACGAGAAGUGUGUCGUCGAGAAUGCUGAAAAGAUCCUGGGCUACUUAAGCACCGGUGUGCUGAGCAAAGAGCUCAUCCCACCUCACAUCAACUUCUCCCAUCUGUCUGCCCAGGACUACGAAGAGAUGUACGCCGUCAUUAAGACGGUAAAGGAGGACAGCUUCGGACAGCUGGGCCUGGACGCCUGCAUCCUGGAGGACGAACUCAACAAGGCUGUUCAGGGAACUGGUCUGGCAUUCAUUGCCUUCACGGAGGCCAUGACUCAUUUCCCCGCCAGUCCCUUCUGGUCUGUCAUGUUCUUCUUCAUGCUAAUCAACUUGGGGUUAGGAAGCAUGAUCGGCACCAUGACCGGCAUCACCACGCCCAUACUGGAUGCCUUCAAGAUCCGCAAGGAGAUCCUGUGUGUGGUCUGCUGUGUCAUAGCCUUCCUGUUAGGCCUGCUGUUCGUGCAGCGUUCAGGGAACUACUUUGUCACCAUGUUUGACGACUACUCAGCUGGUUUGCCCCUCACUGUGGUGGUGAUCCUGGAGAACAUCUCUGUAGCCUGGAUCUAUGGCACUAAGAGGUUCAUGCAGGACCUGGAGGACAUGCUUGGUUUCAGGCCAUACUCUUUCUAUUACUACAUGUGGAGGUACGUUUCUCCAGCUAUCUUGGUGGUGCUCAUCAUCGCCACUGUCAUCGAGAUGGCUGUGAGUCCUGCAGGAUACAACGCCUGGGUGGAGGCCGAGGGCUCAGAGAGUUUCCAUAGCUACCCCCCCUGGGCUUUAGCCAUGGCCUACGCCCUCAUUGUUGCUGCAAUGCUGCCUUUACCUCUCGUCUUCAUCGUCCGCCACUUCAACCUGAUCUCAGACGGCUCCAACAAGCUGUCUGUCUCCUACCGUAAAGGCAUGAUGAAGGACAUCUCCAACCUGGAAGAGCAGGACGAGCAGCGCUUCAUCCUCAGCAAGAACCCCAGCGAGGCUCCCUCCCCGAUGCCCGCCCACCGUGCCCAACUGGGCCCUGGGGGCACUCAGGAAAUGACCAACACCAACUACGGCACCAGCACCAAGACGGGCUACCAGAACAUCGGCUCGCCCGAGUCUGAGCUAUGAUCCGCUGAGCUUGUUGAUCCUCCCGCCAGUUAAAACCCGGCCCUGCUUCAAGACAGGGAGUCAGAGAAAGAAAGGGAGGAGCAGAGGAAGUCAAGAAGGAGAGAAAAUUCACUGCCAGUUGUUGCAGCAUUCAUUACACCUUAACCCCCAGAACUGAAUCCCACUUUCCCCCUCCUUCCCUGGUUCAUCGCUCCCUGCCUACGGUUCUUCCCCAUCACAGGAUUCACACUACUGAUUGCCCAUCAACCCCCGGCUGAGAUGAAGGGAUCAUGGGAAUAUGAGUCCCACCAGAUAUGAUGAGCUAUUUCAUCUGUAAAGGUAUUACAGGGGCAGAGGGGGAUAGAGGGUGCGACAGGGGGAGGAAUGAAGCUAUGAAAGGUCCAUCAUGUGCUUACAUACAGGCUUUGUUUUGUAACGAGCUCUGGCUGAGGUUAAGGUGUGUGCAACACCAGAUGCUUAAUGUUAUACUGAAAUGUAAUCCUACGUGUUUACCUGUCUGGAGAAGGUUAUUUUUUCAGACAGCUGGAUGUCCGUAGCUCUGGGAGGUCAUCAUCUUACUCUGGUUCCGUUGUAGAGGAUUGUGAUUUGUGGGGACAGGGAGGAAGACUCAGAAAACGAAACACACUCAUCUUUGUCCGAAUCUGUAUCGCUGUAUGAGAACGUCUCUCAUCUACAGUAUAUGACAAAAUGAUUCCAUCGCAUCCAUAGCAGUGUGUAAUAAGUGAUUCUGAUAGUGUACACAGUGUUACAAGCACAUUAGUAUAUCUUCACGUUUAUUGUGCCUAUCAUGCAUCAGCAAUAAUGACCAGUCAAAGCAGGGUCCUCUUGAAGCUGUGGAUCUCCUUCUAUCCCCCUUUUCCCCACUGAUGUAGAAUACUAUACAUUUGUGUCGUGCAGUAGUCUGAGAUGUCACCGUAAAUCGUGUAUAUACACAUCUGUAGUGCAAAACGAGCGGAAACUAUCCGUGUCCUUGUUUCUUUUUCUCUCAACACUGAAGCACAGAUGCCCGCUAUCGUUUCAGCAUCUCUGAGCCUUAACACAGAGAAGCACUUUUCUUUCAAACAAUCUCCUCCUCGAUAAAAACAAGGCUCUGUGCUGCUCCAGUUGCAGCUGGGUCAGACAAAGCUUUUCCAUUUGAAUCAAUCACUUUAAUCAAGCGAUUCCAUUUUUAAUCAAUGCCUUAGAAGGACAGAGGUGACGGUGCACAGGUAGAGAUAAGCAGAGGGGCUUAGAGCGGCAGACACAGAAGGAAUAGGUAAUGUGAGUUUUGUCUUUGUGUGCAGGCAGAUAUGCAUGUGCGCGCGUUAGUGUGUUGUCGUCCACCGCUGAAUGAGAGCUCCCGGCGACCCUGCCUGGUUAAAAAUAGAGUUGUGUUACCCGGGGGAUGCCGUGGCAACGCACCAUAGAUACACAUCCUCUUCUGAUGGGGAGGAGGAAUAGAAGAGUUGACACCUUGCUUUGUCUGCUCCACCUGCACGUCUGUUUGUUCAGCAAUACAGAGAUGAAGUCCUACAAUGAUAUUAAUGCUACAGUUCAUUGAAUAUGAGGUUCCUCGCUGUGGACUAAUCACACCUCCUCCCUGAGAGGUUGAUGUCUCGGGCUUAAAUGUUGUACAUUCCUCUAGGACGUCAUUUCAUAAGCACUACGAUAUUCACUUUGAUGUCUUUUCUGUGGAAAACUUAAAGCUUUUUAUUUUGUAAUGUAUAAUAUUGUAUGACAAUGUAUGUGGAAGGGUGUAAUGUGGAAAGUGUACCAUGAUAUAAAUGUUUGGAAUAAUAAUGUUUGGUCGUCACCACUGGGCGUCUCUGCUGGCCAGCAGGGGGAGCCAGUGACACACAGUCUCCUGUGGCCCCUCCCUGAGACAACACAGAUACUUGAGACUGAACAGAUGUACUGUGAAGCACAGUCACAUUGUUUUGGUGCCUGAGCAGCAUCUCCGUAGUCUGUAUCGCCUUAUGCUUUUCUCUUUCUCAUUUCUCUCGAUCCCCUCGUUCAUGUCAGCGUCUCGUUCACUUGAGCACUUUAAUUAGACAGAGACCCUGGAGUUGUUUGUGAAGCACACAUCUGACAAAAAUGUGGAGGUUAAACAUUUAUCAAACUAAUACUAUCACUGAAUAGAUAAGCAAUAUUUAUACAUAUACAGUAACUACAGUGUUUAUACAAUGACACAAGUCAUUUUCUAAUGUAUCUUAUCAUAGAGGAUAUUAUUAGCAUUUGAACAGGUACAGUAAAAGCACAAGUGAUGCUGAGUACAUUAAAGAUGGCUCUGUUCAGUUCUAGUGUCCCAGUCAGACAUGACGAUCCUGAAACUGAAGCAGCCAUGAGCUGUAACAGGAGGUCAUAGUAAUAAUAAUACUUUAUCUAUAGAGUCAUGUGGCCUCUAUCAUGGUUCUUGCAUCGGUUUGUGUUUGAGGAUAGCAAAACACAGAGGCUGUGAUAUAUAGCAAGGGUUGGUAUACACUUAAAUGCUGAUGGUGGUGUGACGGUUAACGCUGGUGCUUCAUGGCCAAUCGACUUGUGGCACCACAUAACCCCAGGUGAAGACUCUCACCUGUGUAAAAAGUUUGGGCUCGGGCUUUAAAGCACAUUUAGGGAAGCACAGUAACAAAAGCACAAACGUGAGUUUCUUGUCUGUUUAGAGGAUCAGAAAGUACAGAGUAAGAAAGUAAGAAACUUGUAGAUCACGUUCGUUAUGGUCUGAUUCCUGCAUCUGCCGAGAGGUCAGUGGAGGGUGAAGCUGCUCUCUGAAAGCCUUCCUCACUGGACGCUCAACUGCACCAAUAGUUUCUGUCACUGUGGUUACAGACCGAUGUGCACGAUAUAAAGAUGGAGUAUGACAAACUACUGAUGUGGUGGAUAUCACACAAAGAGCACAGUUUUAUUUUCCUCUAUUCACUGCUAUAGAUAGAAAUACAACUUAUCUCCAUUCUUGGCACAGCAGGUCUUGCCUCUAAUAUUUAAUAAACUCUUUCGAGGACUGUUAAAGCGAAUAGGAUAUUGUGAUAUUUCAUAUUUAUUAUUGAAGACACAGAUUCCAACUCCAGGGUCUUUUUGUAUCGUCCAUGUGUCGGCUGUGUCGUGUUAUGUACCACAAAGCAACUUCUAGAGCAUAACUCAGUUGAUAAUGUUAAUACUGAGAUUAUCUCACCAAACGUAGAGUAAUAGUGUAUUUUAUUUUAUGUGCAGAUAGUCUUUAUGUGAGCAAACCAUAGUUAUAUUUAUAGUAUUUAAGAUUAUGUAUUUAAUCUGUACAUAUUGAUGUACAUUCUGAUGAGUAUCUAUAGUAGGCGUGACAGGAUGUAAACUUGAGCUGUAAAUAAUAAUUGUAUAUUUUGAGAUAUUUUUUGAUUUUUGUAUUGUUGGGUAAUGUUACUUUAGAGUCUGUAGGUUUGUGGUGUUAGUGUGUGGUUGUUCUCAAUCCAAAUAGCUGAGUGACUGUGUGUGUGUGUGUGUGUGUGUGUGUGUGUGUGUGUGUGUGUGUGUGUGUGUGUGUGUGUGUUUUUGAUGUUUAAAUGUGUGGGUUUUUUCUCCUCUGUCAGUGUUGUGUGCUGCUGAUCUAAUCUAGUAGAUUAAAUCCUGUUGUUACUGUGACCUGGGACUUCUAAUGUAAGCAAUCUCUUCUCGUUGUUUCUCACUGGAGCUGCAGUGGUUUCCAGAACCAAACUGGAAACACCAUCACAAAGGAAUGUUCGACUGUAACAGAGCGUCAGAAACUUUCGUUUUUGAUCUUAGAGUUAUGAACUGUACAAACAUGUUGGACGAAGCAAACAGGAAAUUAAAAUCACCACUUUUAUGA